UUGAAUCCGGAAAAACUGGACGACGGGGGCCCGGUUUAUUCCGGUUUACCAGUAUUAGCUAAGAUAAGUAUUUUUAACAGUACGCCUUUUAAGAUUACAUCAAAAAAGUUAUUUUUCACCAGUGGCAAAAUUUGCGGUCCUACCUUUCCGAAUUUCAUUCCCAAAAAUCUCGCAGCGCUUACGUCACCCGCCGGCGAAAUAUUCGUGUCACCUGCUAGACAGUAGUUGCUCAAACUUCCACUAUUAUGUUCUCUAUUUCCAUUUUUUUUGUCUUCAACUCUUCGUUACUAAAUACGACCUUGCCUUCUUCUUCGCCUUCAUCUUGGUUUUUUAUUCUUGACUCCUUCUUCUUCUUUGCUUUUCCUUCACUUCCUGCCCUGUCUUGUUUCGCUCUCCUUUCGAAGUAAAUACCCUCGGGAGGAGAGGUUCUUCUCUCCUUCUUCAGAUGUGUCUGUUUUCUGUUUUUGUGUGUAUGUAUUUGGUGGUGGCGCAUCAAUUGCCAUCGCUUGCUCUCGAUUAUUCUAAUCCCUUUCGCGGGGGGUGAAAUCGUUUCUUUUUCAUUUUGAGUGGUGGUGGUGGUGGUGGACGAGUCGCGGGGUGCUCUGAAGUUUCUCCGAAAGAGAGACCCACAAGUUUUAUUUUGAAACAAGUUGAGAGUCUUCAGAGUUGAGAUUCUGUCCCAUAUACUGAAUGGGCGCAAGUCCCCAGCGAGAGAGGUAGAACAACACCACCGACAACAUCAGAGAGAAAGGAUUGAUGAGGUCAGUUAACUUUUUUGCAAAUUUAAGGUAAUUUAAGUGGGGAAAUUAUUUAAAACUGCCCAUACAGUGAAAAAUUUUCCAAAUAUCACAGUAAACGUUCAAAUUUUUUUAAUGAAUUUAUUUUUAAUCUACGGUCAAAAAGUGGUGAAGUCUACCCAGUUUUUACUGAUGAUAAUGCUGAAAGUCUACCAAAAAAUAAUUGUUUCUAAAAAUGUUUUAAUUCGAUCUAGUGGAUCAAAGAAAUACUCAAAACUAUUCCAAAAGUCAAAAUUUUUUGGAAAAAUUGACAAUUCACAAAAAUUUUUGACUGAAGAUUUGAAAAAUCUAAUCACUUUUGAACUCUUUUGUAAGAUUUGCGGUUAACUUGGACUAUAGUUAGUAUAUCAUAAAAACCUUUAUAUUAUAGAAAAUGGCAAACAUCUGUGUGAAUUCAGUUAGGAAAAAUAUUUUGUUCUACUAACUUUGCCAGAAACAGAGCAAGAUCUCCCAGAAUUUUUUUUUCAAAAAGUUUCUGAAAGUAGUGCACUUUGAUGUUGUGAAAAAUAGUCUUCUUCUAUUAGAAAAAAUUGAUUCUGUUGGAAAUUGGAAGAAAUAAAAAUUUUUUAACAGUAUUCUGAAUCGCCAGUACAAAAAUCUACAGUUCUCAAAACUAUUUUGAAAAUUUUAAAUUAACAGUCAAAAAGUGGUACUCAAUGUUUUCCAACCAUAUUGUUUUCUUGUAAUAAAGCUUUUAUUUUAGUUGGAACAAAUGAAAUAGUGUUCAAAAUUGUCUGAAAGAAACUGAAAGAAAUUGUUGAAAAAAAAUCUGAAAAAUUAUAAUUUUUCUAUAUUCUAUCACUAUAUUAAAAACAUUUUAGGGUAACAUGCCACACUGGCUCAUUUCGUAGAAUUGCUGAUCGGUAAAAUUAGCAAAACUUUUAUUUUAAAAACUUAAGAUUUUUUAAGUGUUCUUGUAUAUAAAAAUUCCCAAUUUACAAUGCUUCAUUCUCUCUUAUCACACUUCAAAAAUAAUAUGGUUUGGAAUUAGUGAAAACCCAUUGCAAUUUCAUGAUUUUUUGAAUUUUUUAAACAUUCUCCCCCUCAAAAAAAAAUAAAGUGCAACAAAACUUGCAAGAAUCUCAAUGUGACCUACUAAAAUAUGGAUACCCAAAAAAAGAGAGUAAAAGAAUCGCCCUCUUUCUUACUUCAUCCAUGUCGUCCUCCACCACCGACGACGACUCGUGCUCUUAUUUUUUUUUCAGACAAGCCUGCCUUAUCCCAACUCCAUCUGUUCCGACUCAUCCCUCCGUUUCCAUCAAAAUCUAUCCUCCAUUCGCCGAAUUCAUCGACUUUGGCGGAGCAUCGCGUCAUAUUUUGACGAAUAAUGGCACGUGCCGAAUUGUGUUCAAAGUCAAAUGCUCAAAUAACUUGGUGUUCAAAGUGUCACCAGUUUAUGCUUUUUUAGAUCCGGGAGCUACUGCGGAACUUCAGGUUCUCCGCAGAGAAGGUCCUCCGAAACACGACAAGCUAAUAAUUUCGCUCAAAGAAGCCAAAAAAGGUGACAAAGAUCCACGGGUAACAUUCAAUGAUUCAACGCAUACCACACACAAGCACAUUCUACCGCUUCUCACUAGAAUAGUCGAGGAGCAGUGAUCCCCUUACUGUAACUCAUUUCAUCUAGGUUUUCAAUUAUUCUGGAAAUAUAUCAAUGCCUUUCUUUCAUUCUUUCUCUCAUUCUUUCUAAAUGAACAUUUAUUCAUUUUAA